AUGAAGACGGAUGGACGCAGCGGCGUGGUGCGGCGCGGCGCGGCCGAACAAACAGUAUCGACCGCCCCCGCGGGGCUCUCCGCUUGUCGUUGGGGGCGGCGGGGGUGGGCGUCGGGGUACGGCGGAGGGGGUGGCGCGCCGGUCCCCGUGGGCGGCGGCAGAGGCCACUUUGGCUUCAGCCUGGCGGCGGGCGCAUCGCCGCGGAGAGGCAAGUGCGCCCUCGGGCGAGACGCCGAGCCGGCAGCGGCGCCGCCCCCGCGCCUCCCAGUAGGAAGCGGAGGCUUAAUAAAAGCGCCGCCGGCCCGCCGGGUAACGAGGAGUAGCGGACGAGGCCGGCCGUCCGCCCCGGGCUGCGAGGCGAGCGCAAACCAGUGUUUACUUGCGCCGGAGCAGGCAGCUACCGGAAGACGGGAGGACAGCCACCCGUCUCCAGGGCAGCAGCGCCCGGGGAUUCCCCGCGCGCUGUCGCAGCAGCGCGGCCAGCCGUCCUACUGGGACACGCACUGCGUCACGCUUAACUGCUGGUAUAUAUCAUAG